AGGAACCGGAGCAGACACAGAGCCUGGCAGAGGAGGCAAGAUCUAACAAGGGCAGGGUUGCUGACUGCAGGACCCCUCCCAAGGAGCCGCUUGCUGCUGCCCUGCACCCAGCUGCUACCCUGGGCAGCCAGAAGGAUGGAUGUCUUUAAGAAAGGAUUUUCUAUUGCUAAAGAAGGUGUGGUGGCUGCUGCAGAAAAGACCAAGCAGGGAGUGACAGAGGCUGCAGAGAAGACUAAAGAAGGUGUGAUGUACGUAGGUACCAAAACCAAGGAAGGCGUAGUGCAGAGUGUGACCUCAGUUGCUGAGAAGACCAAGGAGCAGGCCAACGUGGUGGGAGAGGCAGUGGUAGCCAGCGUGAACACGGUGGCCAGCAAGACAGUAGAAGGAGCAGAGACCAUCGUGGCCACUACAGGAGUUGUAAAAAAGGAGGACCUGGCUCCGCAGCAGCCGGCGGCUGAGGGAGAGCCAGCUGCACCAGGGAGCACAGAAGGCGGUGGAGAGGGUGAAAAUGAAGGCAAUUAAUCAACUUCUAUCUCAAAAGUUGGAAUCCCAAGAGCAUACAUGAAAAUACUAGCUGCAGGAACAGCCUGCGCUCAGCACUGUAGUCUUUCACUUGCCUCAUUAACCUUAAUAUACAAUGUAAGUCAGCUCCUGGUUGUAAGGAGAGGGUGACACUGUACUGGGGGUUCCCCCCCCAACCCCCCCCACAUCCUUCGUGGCUUCGUGACCCCCAGCUUUGCGUGUUCUGGUGCUCCGGUUUGUUUUAGUGGGCUCACUGAUCCAUGGCUCAUGUCCACCACCACUGGCACUUGGGGUCUCUAGGUAUUGUGGAGUUUAUUUUUUAUUUUAACUAAUAAAAAAAGUAUUUGAACAA